CACCUCCACCCCCCGCGGCGAGGCAUUCCGUCGAACACCUUCCUCUCCCGCCGCCGCUCCCUUCACGCCACCGCGCGCGCCGCCCGUGCCCCCACGCGAUCCCUAGCCUUUUCCUUCCUCCUAUUUAUGCGACGCCUGCCCACUCCUGAAGGCAGCCGCGAGAUACCACCAACCAAAAUGGAGAUGACGACGCCCGCGGCGAGGAGCGGCGGCGAGGGGCAGGCGGCGGCGGCGGCGGUGCCGGAGGCGGGGGGACCUGAGAUCGCGUUCUUUGACGUGGAGACCUCCGUGCCGCAGCGGGCCGGGCAGGGGUACGCGCUGCUGGAGUUCGGGGCCAUCCUCGUGUGCCCGCAGCGGCUCGUCGUGGUGGGGUCCUACGCCACGCUCGUCCGGCCCGCCGACCUCGGGGUCGUCUCGGCGGCGUCCGUCCGCUGCAACGGCAUCACGCGCGACGCCGUCGCCGGCGCGCCGGGCUUCCGCGACGUCGCCGACGCCGUCUACAGCGUCCUGCACGGACGUGUCUGGGCUGGUCACAACAUUGUAAGGUUUGACUCGGCAAGAAUAAGGGAAGCAUUCGCUGAAAUUGGCCGGCCACCUCCAGAACCAAAGGGGAUGAUUGACACCUUGCCUUUGCUUACCCAGAAGUUUGGGAGGAGAGCAGGGGACAUGAAGAUGGCAAGCUUGGCGAAUUACUUUGGUCUAGGGCGGCAAAGUCACAGGAGCCUUGAUGAUGUUAAGAUGAAUCUUGAAGUUCUCAAGUAUUGUGCUACAGUUCUGUUCUUGGAGGCAAGUCUUCCAGGAGUGCUGACUGUUGAGAACCUGGUUGAACGUGCAAUUACAAGGAGCCAAGCUAAUGGAGCUGCUUCUCCUGAGGUGCCAAAACCUGCAGCACAGUCUUCGCCUGAUUCCUCGAAACGACAACGAACAGUUUCUCGAGUUGACAAUGCAAUCCAAGCUGGAGAUAAUCAACAACCAAUUGAUCCUGCAACAAACAAGGAGCCUGUUGAGUUGAUAUCCAAUAUCAAGGAAAUGACUUUAGAUGCCAGCACACAGAUGGAUGCAAGCUCUAGUGGUUUUUCUGGCUUCCUUGAGCCCGAUGAUGUUUCAAUUGAGUCCAUCCAAGUUUCUGUUCCUUCUUCCUACCGAUUGACUCGGAGGUCAUCUAUGAAGCACAAGGGUAGCCCACUCCAACUUUGUUGUGCUGGUCUGCAGGUCCAAUUUGGAGUCAGCUCGAAGUAUUUAGACAGCGCAGGUCGGCCAAAAUUGAACAUAUUGGUUGACAUUCCUGAUAAUCUCAGUAAAGUUCUAGAAUUUUGUGAUGGCAUAGCCCAGAGAUCAUCCCAGGAUUCUGGGAGCACUUCUGAAUGGAGACCAUUAAUUAAGAAAUAUGGUUAUGUUAAUCAUCCUACUGUGCGCCUACACAUCCCCAUUAUUGUCAGCGGUGAAGCUGCGAUCUACGGUACCGACAUAUACCAGAAAGAGGCUAGUGGCAGCAUUCAGAAGCUAGAUUUCAGCAAGGUAGAUGUCGCGGAGCUGGACCCAUUGUUUGUUCGAGGGAACAUGGUGGACGCGUUCUUCUCACUGGAACUAUAUGAUUACGAGCAAAACGCUGGUAUCCGUCUGGUUGCCAAGAAGCUGGUUGUACACUCCAAAUAGCAUCAGACUAACUGCUCUAGUGCUAGAAACUAACUCUCGCACUAAUUUAGUGUUGUUAACAAGAUGUAAAUAAUUUGAAUGUUGAUUAGAUCUGACCAGCAGGUGAUGUUGACCUUGAACUAGGAAUCCAUACGCUGUAAAAGAUAAACAAUGCCUCUGUGCCUUUAAUGCGUCUACAAUGAAAAUGUCACGGUGUUCUUU